AUGGGCAGGGUGAGGAAGGGCGACGCAAAAGGAGGCCGAAGAUCGAGAGGAUCCGUUUCUGGUGGCCUUGAAGGAAAAGGACCGCGGCCAUUGGAAGUGACCAGAACGCCAGUGGGAGAGAGCAGGCGCGUGAGACGCCUGAUCUUUGGCCCCAACCACGAGCUCACGUGUGCAAGGUGGUUGGGGCGUGGCGGUUGGGGCGGCGGGCCGUGGAUGGAGGGCGAUGCGCUGGACAGGCCGAAAAUGGCGCGAAAACAGGCCCAAAGCAGCCGCCCCCGAGCAAGAACGAAAUUUACAGUCACUAGUUAUAAGAUUUAA